AUGAAGGCCGGUAUUGUUGUACUUGUCGCUGCGGCGGCGGCGUAUGUCAUCCCUCGCGACGCCUCCCACAGCACUUCCCCCACCCUGGCUCUGGAGCGUCGUACGCCCAAGACCGCACGUGCACUCACCGAAAGUCAUCACGAGUAUCUCGCCGCCAUCGCGGACGCCGAGGGCACCUCCCGUCUGACCAAACUCCACGAACGCAGAAAGAAGAGAUCCCCUGAGGAGCCUCUGCAUCUCGACAUGCGCCCUGCUCACAGAUAUUACGGUUUCGAAACCCCUGAGCAAAAGCAGGCGAGACUCGAGGCGCAACUGGUGGACGUCGCCCAGCACUUGUUGGACAGGCCUAUAGAGGGCGAUGAUCCUGCUGAUUACAUGCACCCCGAACUGAAGGAGAAAUGGCUCAAGUAUGUGAAGGACGACGCUGAGAAGAAGAAUCCGCCAAAGACACCAAAUGUAAAAGAGACUCCUGCACAAGCACCGAAGGUAGAGCCUCCUGCAAAGCCUGACCCCAUGGAACUCAAUGUCGCUGCGGAGCCAGAACAGCCUCUGAAGCCCACGGAUGCAUCCACUUCUGAAUCGUCUCCUGACGAGCAGUAUGAGGAGCUUGAACCUACUGCCGAGGAUGGAGUAUCUGACGAGGUGGAACCUCAGGAGCCCGAGAUUCAGCCUGAGCAGCAGGAAACGCUAGAAGAGGACGCUAAAGAGCUUCAGGAGCCUCAGAAGCCUGAGGAGCCUGAAGUACAAAGUGAAGAACAAGUCAUCGCUGAGGAUGAGACCUCUGAUGAGGUAGACCCUCCAGCGCCCGAAGAGCCGAGCGACGAACAAGUCCAACCUGCCGAGACCAACGCACCUGAGGAGGUAAAGCCUAACAAGAAGGAAGAGGUACCCAAGGAAGUCAAGAAAGCACAUAAGACUGCCAAGCCUCCAAAAGGGUCAAAGGGGUCAAAAGGGUCAAAAGACUCAAAAAGCUCAAAAGGGUCAAAAGGGCCUAAAUAUAGCGGGAAGAAAAGCGGGGAUAUUGGCAUUGACAAGCUACUCAGUGGUGCAGUGGACAAUAUCCGCAAAGGCAUGGGUAAAGGACUUAAAGCAGGGUCUGCCAUAGCAGGCACGGGCGUCCCAGCAGCUGCGGUUCUCGGGGCCGCAAGCGUCGGACCUGAAGGCCUUACCGCAGCCACUGGCCCUGGCACUGCCGCUGUGGGAGGUGAGGAGCUUGCAAAGGCCAAAGUUCCUGGAACGGAGAGCCUUGCAGAGGCUCUGAACCUUGGAGGCGUUGGGAAACCUGCGGAUGCAGUCAUUGAAGCGGAAGCCCUCGGGAACACGGAUUAUCUUGCUACUUCUGAAGCGCUUUCAGGCGCAGAUGGUCCCGGAAAGGGGCACGACAAUCUCCCAAGUAUUGAUCUCGACCUCGUCACUCCCGGUGCCGAAGCUGUAGGAGCUGAGACUGACCCAGCAACCAAGGGUCACUCUGUGAUAGGUACUGGUAGUAAGAUCCUGGGAGCGACCGCUUUUGCGGGAGGCGUGGCGAGCAAGAUUGCCGAAGGCGUGACGAAGCUGAGCAACCCACUGCCCAACCCACCAGCCAACGCGACCAGGAAGCAAGACGAGGUGCAAGCGGAGAUGGAGCUCGGUCCGAGCACUCUCUACGAAGGAGAUCAGGAGGAGGACCAGGACGAGGAAGACCGAGAGCCAGACGACCGCGACGAUUUCGACAUGGACCUGAUCGAGGCCGACCAGGAUGGAGACAACCAGGACGUGGGCAAUGCCGGGGGCGCGAAAGAGGAGAAAGCCAACAAAGUGUUGGAUUUCUUCGGCAAAGCAGCCAAGAGGCUGCUUGACAUUCUCAAAAAACUACGAGCUCUGCAGGUGGAAAGCAAGUCUGCAAGGAAGAAGGACAAGGCGAAUGCCAAAAAGCAAAAGGCCAUAGACGACGCCGAAAAGCAGAAGGACCAGGAAACCCCCCAGAAGAAGCAGGACAAGGAUGUCACGCAAAAGCAGAAAGUCAAGGAAAACGCGCAGAAGAAGAAGGGCAAGGUGAACGCUCAAAAGCAAAAGGACAAGGCGAGCGCUCACAAGCACAAGGACAAGGAAACGCCCGAACAGCCCAAGGUCAAGGAAACACCCCCAAAACAGAAGGGCGUGGAGAAUAUCCUAAAGCAAAAGGGCCCGGAGAACCCCCUUAGCCAGAAGAACAAGGAGAAUGCUCAACGGCUGGCCGAACUGCGGCAGGGCGCGGGAGAACGCUUGAAGGCGACGGCUUUUGGUGACAAGGAGCUCGGGCGUAUGGGGUUUGCCGCCACAGGGAACGAAGUGGCGGGCGGCGAGUCUGAGACGAAGGGCAAAACGGCCGGCCAUCGCUAG